CCAAAACUUCAAGGAAAAGGCGCCAAUCACAGCCCGGACACGUCACCAACCCCCCCCCCCGGGGUUCUUAAAAAAUCUUCUUCUUCAACCUCUCAUUCCGGCAGGGUGGGACUUCCAAAUUUGCAGAGAGAAAUCAAAAAUGGCGUCUUGGAAUUCAGUCCCACUCGAAAUCACAUACGAAGUUUUGGGUUGGUUGGCUUUCAUUUCAUGGUCCAUCAGCUUUUACCCACAAGUCAUCUUAAACUUUCGCAGAAAAAGUGUUAUUGGGUUGAACUUCGAUUUCGUGCUACUGAAUUUGACCAAGCACUCGUCGUAUCUCAUUUACAACGCCACUCUCUACUUCAGCUCCGCCGUUCAAAAACAGUACUUGGAGAAAUAUGGACUCGGAGAGCUCAAUUCAAGUUUUUAUGACAGCCAUCAAAUAUAUUCCUCAGGCAAUCUUCAACUUCACGCACAAGAGCACAGUUGGGUUUAGCAUUGGCAACAUUUUACUCGACUUUUCUGGAGGGGUGGCAAAUUAUGCACAAAUGGGCGUGCAGUCCAUAGAUCAAGGUUCUUGGGUGAACUUUUAUGGAAAUAUAGGGAAGACACUGCUGUCUUUGAUAUCAAUCUUCUUUGACCUUCUCUUCAUGGGUCAGCAUUUCAUACUGUAUCCUGCCAAGGGAGCAACAAUCUCUUCUAAAAUAAGCAAGGAGGAGAGCGCGGAGCCACUCGUUAAGUCGCCUGAUGACCCAGUAUCUGAAAAUGUAUGAAGCCUCUGGUUGCUCAAUAGAUAAGAUACAUGUACUGAUAUUAGCAUGCAUCAUUUAUGUAGGAUAGGAAUUAGUCAACUACAUAGUUAUAUGUAUAUGUUCAUGUACUUUGGCCAGAGGAUGUUUUAGAUUCUGUACAGAAACAACAAACGCUUAUUUGGAUUGAAAGUAUUGAAAGUUAUGCAGAAGUAUUAUUCCAAAGCAA